AUGAGCAAACUGAAAAUAUUGAAAGAAUUAACGAAGGAAGAGAAGAUGGAGGUGGAGAGCGAUGGAGAAGAAAGCCAUGCUUCCGAUGAAGAAUCAUCGGAUUCUGAACAUGAAGGAAUGGAUGCGACUCAAAAGGCCGAGGAGAAAAAGCGAGCCGUCCUUUGGACUAACCGUGAGCGAGUGCUGGUGCUUUGCUCCAGAGGAGCCGAUGUUCGCACUAGACAUUUGAUGAACGAUGUCAAAGUU